AUGUCUCGAGGAGCCCACCUCACUCGAUGCAACAAUUUUACGGCCAACUCGCACGCACCAGUCCGAUGUUUCAGUCUCGCAAAGAAUAAGAACACCCAGAAGGAAAGGGUGGUGAUUCUUGGCUCAGGGUGGGCUGGGUAUGGCUUCGCCAGGACGCUUGACCCGGCCAAAUACGAGCGAGUCAUCAUCUCUCCACGCUCAUACUUUGUCUUCACCCCAUUGCUAGCCUCUACCUCAGUCGGGACGCUCGAGUUCCGCACCAUCCUGGAGCCUGUUCGCCGAAUUCCCGGCAAAGUCGGCUUCUACCAGGGCUGGGCCGACGACAUCGACUUCAACCGCAAGACGAUUCGCGUCGAGACCAACGCGGCCGAAGAAGCCGCCAGCAAGACCGUCAUUCCAGGCCCGUCCGUCCGAGAUCCGACUAUCGAAGUCCCCGGCCGCAGGCCCAAGGGAGACAUCAUCGAUAUUUCGUAUGACAAGCUAGUCAUUGCCUGCGGUGCCUACAGCCAGACCUUCGGCAUCGACGGCGUCCGCCAGCACGCCCACUUCCUGCGCGACAUUGGCGAUGCUCGCCGCAUCCGCCUGCGCGUGCUCUCGCUAUUCGAGCAGUGCUCCUACCCGCGCGACUCCGACCACCUCAGUGACGCCGACAAGCGCCAGCUGCUGCACUUUGCCAUCGUCGGAGGUGGGCCGACGGGCAUCGAGUUCGCCGCCGAGCUGCACGAUCUGAUCCGCGAUGACCUUGCGCCGAUCUACCCGGACCUGUACAAGUUCGUCAGCAUCACCGUGUACGACGUCGCCCCCAAGGUCCUACCCAUGUUUGACCAGGCGCUGGCCAAGUACGCCAUGGACACCUUCACGCGGUACAAGAUCCAAGUCAAGACGGAGCAUCACCUCGAGCGACUGCGGUUGGCGGAUGGAGAGUUUGGUCGCCGUCACGGGGCGCUCAAGAUCAAGAUCAAGGAGUAUGGUGAUGAAGAAGUUGGCGCGGGCAUGGUCGUCUGGAGUACCGGGCUCAUGGCCAACCCGCUGAUUGCGAAGUUGGCGUCGAAAGAUCUGCAUCUUCCCGGCACCAACCCAUUUUCCACUUCCCCCUCCACACGCCGUCGGCUUCUCCGGGAUCCACGGACCGGUGGGAUUGUGACAGACGAAUACCUACGUGCUCGCACUACUACCACCUCCACAAAGGAGGGCGAAACGACUAAGACAACACCCGCCACCACCACAGACGACAUCCUCGACGACGUCUACAUCAUCGGCGACUGCGCCAUCUCCACCCCCUCCCCAUCAUCCACCAACAACGCCAAGCAACCACCGACCCCACCACCACUCCCCCAAACCGCCCAAGUAGCCGCGCAACAAGCCACCCACCUCGCCAAGCGUCUCAACGCUGGCGGCGCGGCCGCGGUCGCGCAGAAGCCCUUCAAGUUCCGCAACUGGGGCACGCUGACCUACCUGGGCAGCUGGAAGGCGAUCCACCAGAGCGAGGCCGACGAGUUGCGCGGGUGGGUGGCGUGGGUGUUGUGGCGGGGCGCAUAUUUGACUAAGAGCAUGUCGUGGCGGAAUAAGCUGUUGGUGCCGGUGUAUUGGGUGGUUUCGUGGGUGUUUGGGAGGGGGAUUAGUCGGUUUUAG